GCAGCAGGGCCCGCCUUUCCGUCUCGCCCGCCCGUAGAUCUUGACAUCCGACGAUGUGUUUCUUCUGCCCGUCAGCCUCGAUACUACCGUGGCUGGCCGCGGGGCCUCCAGAGGCCGAAAUUGGGAAGCACAAGCACCGCCCCGAUUUCUUCACGACGCGAGGGGCUCUGGGCUUCGCCCGCCCGCAGAGCCCGGUGCCGCCAUGUGGCGCUGGGCGCGGCGCGCCGCGCCCGCCCUCGGGCCCUGCGCGGCGGCGGCCGUGGCGCUGGACGGGCCGCCAGCGCGGCAGGGACCCGGGCGGCAGCGGGCGGCGGUGGCCGCGCAGCAGGCACCCGCGGCGCCCACGGGCGCCGACGACCGCGAGAUCGUGGCGAUCCGCAAGCAGCUGCAGGCCACCCGCCACGGGGCGGGCCUGAAGGUCCCCCUGCCGACCCGGGAGGAGGCCGCCGGGCUCCGGAUAGGCAUCGUGCGCACGUGCUGGCACGAGGACCUCAUCGAGCUGCUCGUCAGCAAGACGAUCGCCCAGAUGGAGAGGCAGGGCGUCAAGAGGCAGAACAUCGUGCAGGCGGCCGUCCCGGGAUCCUACGAGCUGCCCUACAUCACCAAGCGCAUGCUCGAGUCCGAGGAUGUCGACGUGGUGAUCUGCGUUGGGAUCCUCCUGAAGGGCGGUACCAUACACAUGGAGGUCAUCGCCGACGCCGUAACUAACCAGCUCAUGGGCCUCCAGAUGGAGCAUAGCACCCCUGUAAUCUUUGGCGUGCUGACUGUGAUGGCCAUUGAGCAGGCGGUCGAGCGGGCGGAGAGCGAGCUCCCGCACAGCUGGGGGGACAGCGCGCUGACCAUGGCGAUGCACAAGCGCAGGCUGAGGGUGGAGUGAGGCGGGCGCCUCCCGCGCAACUGUCCGCGCCGGCGCCCCCUCCGGCCCCCCCCCGGCGUGGCGGCUGGCGGGGCCCGCGGGGGGGGAGGGGGGACAUGCGCGGGAGAGGUGUGCCCAGGCCUCCUCGCGCAAUGAGAGGCGCACGACGGGG